AUACUGAUCUACUACUCCCUUCAACCUGAGAAUUUUUGUUCUACAAUCAAGAAAGACAAUGGCUAUUCGUUUGCCUGGUCUGGCUAAACAAAGUCUCCGUAGGUCUUUCUCGACAGCAAAUAAAGCUUCAUCAAAGUAUUUGGAUGUGCCGAAAGGUUUCCUAGCUGUUUAUGUGGGAGAAACCGAGAAGAAGAGAUUUGUGGUUCCAGUUUCCUAUUUGAACCAGCCUUCAUUUCAAGAUUUGCUAAGUAAGGCUGAGGAGGAAUUCGGCUUUGAUCAUCCAAUGGGUGGUUUAACCAUUCCUUGUGCCGAAGAGACUUUCCUUCAUGUCACCUCUAGCUUGACUAGAUUCUAACUUACAAGAGAGGCUGUUAAUCUAAUAAUUAGAGAAAAACAAUUUUUGUUGUGCAGGGUUUUCCAAUUCUAUGUAAAUGUUUUUUUGGCUAAAUGUUCUGCCUCCAAUUAGAUGCCACAGCAUGUCCUUCCCCUCAUUGAUUCCAGCAACAAUGGCAUAAUGGGUCUAACCUUACCAGGCUCCAUUUCUGGGAUGGCUGGGCUCUAUGGGCUCCAUAUAUAGAUGGGUUCGGAAAACAAGGUUUGACGUCUGUACUAGUGCGCAGGUUCCUGGGGCCCAUGGAUCGGGUACUCUCGCUGCCAAGGAUACACAAAUUCCAGCCCAAUGUGAAACUUCCCGUUCAUUUGAGUCUAAUUACAAUUUCAUUUCCAUUUAUGUAAUUUAGCAAAAUCAGAAUCCAUGACUAAAUAUUGUUAAUUACAGAAAUUAAAUCUUCCUCUU